AUGAACAAGACUUACUUUGGAUCCAAGGCUUCCAGCGAUGAGCCCCAGGCGUGGGAAUUUGUGGAGCUGAUUGACGAGGUGCUAGAGGCAUCCGGGGCGUUCUCCAUAGCUGAUUACUCCCCAGUGUGGAGCAUAACCCACUGUAGAAGAGCUCACAGCAAGAUGGAUGCGUUCUUGGUCCAACAAGAGAUUGAAAGCGUGGUUGGGAGAGAUCGAAUGGUGGAGGAAUCGGACUUGGCGAAGCUGGAACUUGUCAACGCUGUUAUCAAGGAGACAUUUCGUCUUCAUCCCCUGAUCCCGCACACGUCCCCGGAGCCUCGAAUAGUGGCCGGCUUUGAGAUUCCAGCAAAGGCGACCGUGGUCAUCAAAGCAUACGCGAUUGGAAGGGACUCCCAGGCUUGGCCGAAUGAUCCGGGCAAGUUGAGGCCUGGGAGAUUUGUUGGUAGCAAUAUCAACGUCUAUGGCCAUGACUUUGAGUUGCUUCCGUUUGGAUCAGGAAAGCGAGGUUGUCCUGGGCUUCCUCUUGGGGUGCUCUCAAACUUGAUCCAGAGAUUUGACAGUGGCCCUGGAUUUAUUAAUACUGCUGUUAUCACUCAAAGUGUGAAUCUCUGGAUGUUAUAA